UCUGCGCUCAACAACCUGUCAAAAGGCUCUCGAGCGCUUGACGAUGCGUAUAGCGAGGCAAUCGUCAGAAUAGAUGGCCAACUACAGGACGAACGCGUACUAGCGAAGAACGUUCUUUCGUGGAUCUCAUAUUCACAAAGGCCGUUGACUACUGGAGACCUCUGCCAUGCCUUAGCAGUAGGGUUAGGCGAUGAAGAGCUUGACCGGGAUAACAUUCUCGAUGUUGAGGACAUCUUGUCUGUAUGUGCUGGCCUUGUCACGAUCGACGAAGAAAGUCAGGUCAUCCGCCUCGUGCACUACACAACCCAAGACUACUUAGAGAGCAUCCGAGAGAAGUGGAAUCCUGAUGCUCAGUACAACAUUUGGCAAGGUCGACGUUAA